UACCCUUUUAAACAGAACAUAAUUGAUGAUGCACCAUCAAGGUUACGAUAUAUUGUUCGGAACAGAUACAACAUCUGUCGUCGCAUCUGUUAUGAUUACGUGAGCACACAGCGAUCGCCUUGGUUAUCCAGUCCUGCUGUCAGCUUGCUUUAAGAAGCAAUAGUGUUCUGUGGCCGUCUCAAAUCUCAGAACGUAGACCACUUCCACUAGGACACCAUGGCUCGUCUUCGGCUCCUUCCGUUCGUCUUCUGGCUUGGCGUCAGCCUAGUGACUGCACAGAGCGAAGAAUUUACCUCUACAGCGGCUCCAACCACAACUCCAGCUCUACCCACGACUCAGGAUCCAACAACUUCAACCUCCACAACAACAACAAUAACAACAACAACACCAGUGGGAGACUGGCUCCGUAGAGUUCUCCAAGAUGCGUCUGACCUUUUCGAAACGUUGGGAGAAGCACUAGGAAUAAGAAGAAAACGCCGUGCCUCUUUCUCAAUAACUGUGCCCGACAACAAUACGAUAGUCCUCUCGUCUUACUGCGGACUAGGCACCUCAAUGAAGGGUACUCCAACAACCAUUUACACGUACCUGGUGGACUACUACUUAUCUUUGAACACCAGCAGUGAUCCAGAAGAGGUCGAAUGUAUGACCUUAUUGCUCGCCGAGUUUGUGGCUCUCGUGGAGAACGGGAUGGUCAGCUUCCCCCCUAGCGACAUGCCUAUUAUCCAAAAUGCCACCGAAAACGUUAUCGAGCAGAUAGGCAUUCUCUUGGAUGAAUUGGAUAUAUCUCUGUCCACAAUGACACCAGAUGAGGAGACACCAGAUGAGGAGACUCCACCGCAUAAGGCAAGAAGACACAAGAGCAAAAUGGAUCGUUUGUCUAUACAUAUCAUACAGAAUGUUGUUUUGGCAUAGAUGUGAAAAGAAACUUUCCCUUCCAUCCAGACGGAGCAACAGGCAAACAAUGAAUGGACCGCAUUAUCUCAAGGGACUUGAGGAACUUGGACAAAUCAGAGGACAUUGAAAAGCCGCGUUUUUCAGCAGCCACUGAGCACCAUGUGAGCUUUUCAACAAAUCGUAUCAGCUUCCUGUGUGACUUUGAACAUUUUCCAUUCUCUAUCUUGUUAGAAAAAACUCUGGUAACUUGUAGUACCCUUAUUUAAAAAAGAAGGGAAACUUAAGUGAUUUUUAGUAGAAUUUUUUAAAGUAAAUUCAGCAUUUCAAAUCAAUUUUUUCUUAGAUGUUGGUACGAAAUCUUCAACUGCUUUCACAUUCUUUAUCACAGAAAAUUUAUCUAAUGAAAUUUUAACAUCUGACCUAUACAUCGACAAUGAGUACCGGAAACUUCAAUUAAAAAAUUUCGACAAUAUGAUGUAAUCCAUGGGGCAAGUUACGAAUAAAUUGGCUAGAAUAUCA